AUGUCGACCUCGACCCGGCAGCCUGUACGCAACCGCCGCAUCGACGAUGCCCUCUCACAAUUAAUCGAUUCCCUGACCCCGCCGCUCCCAAUCUCCGCCCUACAAGACGAAGACUACUCGGACCCGGAAGAAGCGCUUGCCACACUCGAGGAGCACCGCCACCAUGCUCAAAUCGACCGCGUCUGGCGCAUCCUGGACGCACACUCCAAUUCCGCUGCUGCAACCCCAGCUUCACCAUCUGGCGUGGGUAGCCGCCGUGGCAGCAUAGCGGGGACGGACAAUGUCAAUAAUGCGGCGGAUCUAAUCAAGCGCAAACUUCGACGUGAGAAUGCUAGCCCAGAGCUUGCUGUUCGGUUCUCCAAUAUGUACACUAAGCUUUUGACGCAGCCAGUGCUCUCUCAGAAAUGGGGCAUUCUGUACCUGUUGUAUAAGCUAUCAGAAGACAACGAAACUAUGAACGACGACGGAGAGAGGAGUCGCAGUCCUCUCAUGGAUGAUGGCCAGCAGAAUCUCGCUGGGCGUGGGGCUCCGAUUUCACGACGAAACACGAUUUCGCGUAUGGAUUCGGAAGAUGACGAGGGUCCUGCUGUGGGAUCUUCUGUGUCGCAGCGGCCCGCGCAGGUAGCGAAGCCGGAGAGGCAGAGCACGCUGCGCCAGGAUUGGGAUCCUGAUAGUAUGGACCAGGCCGAGCGUGUUUAUCGGCAAGGAGGACGGAGUCGUGCUGCCAGUAACGUUGAUGCCGUCAUGACUGAUCGUUCGGGUGAUGAGCGUGCAGAUGCUCCUGCUUCACGAUCACGGCCAUCAACUGCAACGCCGAUGUCAUCGAACCGCUCAGCAGAAUUUAUUGAAUAUGGACUAUUGCGUGACUUGCCGUUUAACCUGCAGGGGUUAUCUUCAACAAAUUUGCAGUUUCAAUCUUCUACGGUCUUGAAACUACCUUCCAACUUACCGUCUCCAAUAGUCUCUCUUCUCAAUUCCCUAGCUGAGCCAUGUCUUCUCUAUAAGGAACUGGCUGAGUUUGUGGAGAGCUCAGAUGGUGGACUUAUGAAUCAGAGCUUACGGGCAGCCAUUGGUGACGAGUUGCGAUCGUAUCUCAGCUUGGUUGCUACUCUGGAAGCAGAAAUUAGACAGGCAUUGACUGCAAUUGGAGACGGGAAAGAACACAAGGCUGUCCGCAAGGGUAGUGUUACGUUAAAAAGAUGUAUGGUCUGGACAAGAGAUGCCACUAUGGCACUCCGAUUGAUGUGUUUGAUCGUUGAAGAAGCUCAAAAUAAAAAAGGAGGCCAGUUAAUAUCCUUAAUACAUGGGUUCUCCUCGUCACAUGGAGAUCCCUUUGUAGGCGCCUUUGCUGAGAAGCUUCUUGUCCAUGUGACUCGUCCAUUCUACGAUAUGCUUCGGUUAUGGAUCUAUGAUGGCGAGCUUUCCGAUCCGUACAAAGAAUUCUUCGUGACCGAGCCAGUGGCAGAGGUUGAACCCAACGCUGAUCCAAGGCGCAUUGCAACGAGUGUCUGGGAGAGAAAGUAUAAGUUAGAUGAUGAACUGGUGCCUUCAAUCAUCACCCAUGAUUUUGCAAAGAAGAUAUUUCUGAUUGGAAAGUCUCUCAACUUUAUUCGAUACGGCUGUAAAGACUCUGCAUGGGUGGAGGCUUACUCCAAGGAAGCAUCAAAAGAUCUACGGUAUGGUGAUACCGCGACCUUGGAAACUUCCAUUGAUGAGGCCUACAAAACCACCAUGGCACGAUUGAUUCAUCUCAUGGAUGAGAAGUUUAAGCUAUUUGAUCACUUGCGCGCAUUGAAGAAGUAUCUUCUGCUAGGCCAGGGAGAUUUCAUUGCUCUACUCAUGGAGUCCCUCGCUUCAGCCCUGGACCGCCCUGCAGGCUCACAGUACCGACACACUCUCACUGCACAACUGGAGCAUGCCAUCCGUGCCUCAAAUGCACAGUACGACUCCCCAGAUGUGCUCCGCCGGCUGGAUGCACGUAUGCUCGAACUGAGUCACGGUGAGAUUGGCUGGGACUGUUUCACACUGGAAUACAAGGUGGAUGCCCCCGUCGACGUGGUUAUUACUCAGUAUGCAUCGACCCAAUACCUGAAAGUCUUCAACUUCCUAUGGCGUGUGAAACGCGUUGAAUUCUUCUUGGGCAGCACCUGGCGUCGAUGUAUGACUGGUGCACGAGGUGUGAUAGGGAAUGUGGAGGACAAACUCGGAGCAGACUGGAAGCUCGCACGAUGUGUUAUUGCUGAAAUGAUACAUUUUGUCUGCCAACUACAAUUCUACAUUCUUUUCGAAGUGAUCGAGUCUAGUUGGGAUCAACUUCAGCAGGCUAUUUCAAAACCCGGCUGCACUCUUGACGACCUCAUCGAAGCACACAAAAUCUACCUCGAGUCCAUCACCCACAAGGGCCUUCUUGGCUCCGUCUCUUCCUCGCGUUACGGUGCCUCCAAACCACCGGAAGAAAGCUUUCUCAGCCAACUUCACCACAUCUUGAAAAUUAUGCUCGCUUACAAGGACGCCGUCGAUGGUCUAUACUCCUUUUCUGUCGCAGAAUUUACCCGCCGUCAGGAACUCAGCGCCGGAAUCGAUUCCCGCACAGCUCAGGGCCGCUGGGGUACAGAGCGCGAUAUCCUCUCACGCCGAGCUAACAGUCGAUCUACGGCCUCAACACCAGAUAUUAGACCUGAAAGUUCUGGCCCAGACAGCGACGUCCCAUCCCUAUCAGCGCGGGACCUCGCAGCUGAUGACCAAAUGCUCGCUACCUUGCGUGUCAGGCUACGGGACCUCUCUUCCGAAUUCCGUUCACGCUUGUGUUUCUUCCUGGGCGACCUGGCAAGUCAGUCAGAUGCUGACAUGCGCUUCCUCGGCACCGUGAUGAACUUUAACGAUGUAUACACACCUGUACGCCGACGACGAACGACUCGUCCCAGCUCACGCGAUAAAGAGAAGGAGAAGGAGCGGGCGAAGCAUAGGGCUACGGCUAGAGGUACAUCUACCACGACUGCCACUGGUAUAGAAAGUCUAACGGAGAAGAUGCGUCAGCGAAGAGAUACAAACGAACAUAAUAGCAGUGAAGCUCAAUAG